UGACCUGCAGCGGUGCCUGAGCCUGGAGCCCAAGAACAAGGCCUUCCAGGAGGCCCUGCGCACCCUGGGCAGCAGCAUGCAUGAGAAGAUGAAGACCAUGUCCUGCACGGACUCAAAGGUAGAGCAGAUGUUCCAGAUCUUGCUAGAUCCUGAAGAAAAGGAUGAGGACAAGAAGCAAAAGGCUGCGCAGAACCUCAUCGUGCUGGCGCGAGAGGAGGCUGGAGCAGAGAAGAUCUUCCAAAGCGAUGGCGUGCGGCUGCUGACGCAGCUGCUCGACACGGCCAAGGCUGACCUGAUGCUGGCGGCCCUGCGCACGCUGGUGGGGCUGUGCUCCGGGCACCGCUCCCGGACCACAGCCAUCCUGGCGGAGCUGGGGGCCCCUCGCCUCUCGGCGGUGCUGGGUGUGGAGCACGAGCAGGUUUCCCUGGCUGCCUGCAACCUUCUGCACGUGAUGUUUGACUCCCUGAAGGAGGGGCUGCAGAAGGACUUCCGUGGCAAGGAGGAUGCAGUGGUGCUGGAUUCCUCCAAGGACCUGAAACUGCUGAUCAAGCACCUUCUGGAGCUGCUAGCGCUGGAAGGGGCCUCUGCGCAUGGCCGUGACAAUGCCCUCAACCUGCUCAUCAAGGUGGUGCCCAGGAAGUCACCAAAGGAGACCAACAACAGCAUGAGCCUCUGGGUGAUUGACCAGGGCCUGAAGAAGAUUCUGGAGGUGGGAAGCACAGUGUGUGGCAGCCCGGGCAGCCUGCCUGUGACAGAGAACAGCCGGAUGAGUGCCUCAGUGCUGCUGAGCAAACUUUAUGAUGACCUGAAAUGCGAUGCUGAGAGGGAAAACUUCCACCACUUGUGUGAGGACUACGUGAGGAGCUGGUUUGAGGGGCAGGAGCUGGCAGGGAAGCUGCGGGCCAUCCAGACGGUGUCAUGCCUGCUGCAGGGCCCCUCAGACGCUGGGAACAGGGUGCUGGAGCUGGAGGGGAUCAUGGACAGCGUGCUGUCCCUCUGCGCCUCUGUGCGCGAGGCCCACCAGCUGGUAGCGGUGGAGGCGCUGAUCCAUGCUGCUGACAAGGCCAAGCGCGCUUCCUUCAUCACUGCCAACGGCCAGCGCGUCAGCCUGCUCAAGGAGAUCUACAAGCACAGUGAGAAGGACAGCAUCCGCAUCCGCGCACUGGUGGGGCUCUGCAAGCUGGGAUCUGCCGGAGGCACCGACUUCAGCAUGAAGCAGUUUGCUGAGGGCUCC